AUAUGUGAGUAAGAUGAGAUAAAAUAAGACACCUUCAGAAAGCUCUUCGACAAUUCGGAACAGAAUAUCGUUAACACCGUAAGGUGGGUUCGCGUGCGAUACAGACUAACUUGUCCUUGACUCAGUGAUGUGUUCUUGGUGCCAAACUAUGAAAAGUGUUGCGUGUCAGACAUACAUCAUUGUCAUACAAAUUGGUACGAAUGGUUACAUUUCUUUACAAUACACACACAUACAUACAUAUUAACCUUCAGACCACGUACUUCCAAUGCAGACUACAAGAUCAACAUCACUUCAUUCAAGAUCCGAUACAUGAAGUUCAAACACGGUUUCGGAAGCCAAUAUAUCCCCUGUAAGGGUUUCUACAUAUAUCGCAGUGAACUGUCAACUUUCAGAUAUUAUUUCGAAUUGUGUGUACUGUUGUGUUGUUCUUGUUGGGCCGACGUAUUGGUCCCGUUGAGCUGUAGUGGUUGAACCAUCCCCUCUUCAUUAACUACACCCAUUCAAGCGCAGUGUUUGGGCAGUGAAUGUAGAGGUCGCUCGCAAGUUGACAAUUUUAUUGUUAUUCCAAAUGAAAAGCGUUAUUAUGGUGGAAAUGUUUAAAGUGUUGUUGUUUUAAACUGAAGAAUGAACAUGUCUCUUCAUGAAAAUUAUUAAUCGUUUUGGUGAUUUAGUGUUUGUACUUCGCAUACGAAAUUAUAAUUAUCAUUUUCAUAGAAGAAAAUUUUGUCGUGUAAGUGGUUUAGUUUUAGAAAUUGCUGAAAAAAUUUUUGUUAAGAAGGAAGCGAACAUUAGAAUUAACACGAUGAUGGAUAUUAUUAAGAUGAACUAUUUGUGUUAUAUCUGGAAUUAGUAGAAUUUUUAUGGACACUGUGGUAUUAAGUAUUUUGAUGACCGAAGAAUAUUUUGGACUGAGGUAAUUACAGAUGAUUUAUUUUGAGAAUGGUGAAAGCAACAUUUUUAAGAGUGAUGUGGUUUAAUGGGAAAUAUAGUAAAUAAAUUAAAUCAUAAAUAUUUUCAAGAGAAAAUUACAAGCAGAGAAGAAAGACUACAGAAAUUGUCGAUCGUGAAAUAUAGUGAAUUUUUGGGGCGUGUUUUGGGAGUAUAUAAAAAAGUUUAAUUGGAUAUUUUGAUUUUUUAUUACAAAUGUGAUAUUUAAACUGAUAAGUAAGUAAUAUCUGACAAAGUUUAUUUUCUAAUAUCCUUUUAAUAGAAGCACGAAAUUGUAUUAAAGCCGCUAAUAUUGACUGAAAUGCAAGAUAAAUUUGCUGAGCCAGUAGACAAGAUACAGAAUCGAAUUCCAGAGACUCUAUUCAUCCUAUGACACUUCAAUUCAAAUAGAGUUACGAAUGUAAGUUCACAAAUUACUCUAUAGAACAGUACGGAACUGCACUCGACAAAAGACUGUAACCACAAUCGUAUGUAAUGUUUGUCAACUAAGCUCUACCAUGAACGGAAGCUUGAUAGAGGCCUGGUUCGACGAGGAAGAAGCAUCGGCAGAUGGCUCUAUCGAUUGGAAUUUUGCCGCUGGCACCCAGCACAACUGGUCAACAUCAGAAGAGACUUUCACCGAUGUCGUCACGAUCGGAAACAUCAAAAUUGAUACAAAUUUCACACUCGAUCCUAACACAUCAAAUGAAAGUGAUGUGACCUGGGACCUUCUUCAAAAGCGGGCACCCCUGGCCGCUCUCCUCCUGCUCUUCUCAGUGGCCACUGUGUUCGGCAACAUGCUUGUCAUUCUGGCUGUCAUCAGAGAGAGGUACUUGCACACAGCCACUAACUACUUCAUAACUUCAUUGGCCGUUGCGGAUUGCCUAGUGGGGCUUGUCGUAAUGCCCUUCAGUGCUGUGUAUGAGGUCCUAGAAAACAGAUGGUUCUUUGGUAUGGAUUGGUGUGAUGUAUGGAGAUCAUUAGAUGUCCUCUUCAGUACAGCUUCUAUACUUAAUCUUUGUGUGAUUUCUCUUGACCGUUACUGGGCAAUUACAGACCCUUUCACGUAUCCUACAAAAAUGACUGUGAAAAGAGCUGCAUUACUUAUUGCCGCUGUUUGGGUUUGUUCUGGAGCUAUUUCCUUCCCUGCUAUAGUUUGGUGGAGGGCGGUACGCACAGAAGUCGUGCCUGCCUUCAAAUGUCCUUUCACGGAUCAUCUGGGCUACCUGGUGUUUUCGUCAACUAUAUCCUUCUAUCUGCCCUUAUUUGUUAUGGUGUUUACGUACUACAGAAUAUACAGAGCCGCUGUGAUUCAGACUAGAUCACUGAAGCUAGGGUCAAAGCAAGUCAUGAUGGCUUCAGGCGAACUGGAACUCACACUCAGGAUCCACAGAGGAGGAAACAAUACCAGCUCCACAAACAGUGGAAGUACUGUUGUGGAUGACAGACAUAUGUACAGUACCGGAAGUGGAGGGACGCCUGAUGAACUUCCAGCUGAAAUUCUAGAUCCUGCUGACACUUUAUCACCACCGCAUCAUCACCAUCAUCACCAUCAACAUCAUCAUCACCAGAAUAAUGGUUUGACAAGACUUUCAUCAACCAGAAUUAUAUCUGGGAACACUAAUAGCAAGACAAUGUCUAAGAAUUUCUCUUUAAGUAGGAAACUUGCAAAAUUUGCUAAGGAGAAGAAAGCGGCGAAGACGUUGGGAAUCGUAAUGGGGGUGUUUAUCGUGUGUUGGUCUCCGUUCUUCGUGGUGAACCUACUCUCAGGGUUUUGCCAGCAGUGCAUCUGGAACGAGGAACUGGUGUCCGCUGUAGUGACGUGGCUUGGAUGGAUCAACUCCAGUAUGAAUCCUGUCAUAUACGCUUGCUGGAGCCGGGACUUCAGAAGGUCAGUUACGUUUCUCCAUAAUUGCAACACACUGUAUAAUUUUUGUGUGUGUGUGCGUAUUUCAUGUGAUGUAAGAUGCUAA